AUGAAUAGCAGUGAAUCAAUGAAUAAAUAGAACGAUCAAAAGCAUGAAUAACAACAAAUUAGCAGCAGCGAUAGCAUGGUAAACAGUAGAGAUUUGAGAACUCAAAAUACUAUCAAUGAAAUAAUGUAGAUCCUUUAGUCACAAAAGUAGAGCUAUAUUUAAGACAAGAAGAAUGAGCAUAAAUUAUUGGUACAAUAAAGGAAGAAAGAAAACUUAGAAUAUAGAAAAAUAUAAACUUAUUAAAAAGAGAUGGAAUUAAGAUAGCCUUUCUUAAGUAGACCUAGGAAUGAUUACCAAUAUUUUGAAAAUGAUAAUUCUAAAUAUUUGAAGAGAGAUCCUUAGUUUAAAGACAAAGAUCCUAAUUAUUAUCUCUUACCAGAAAGAGCAAAAAACCCACUUGCAUUCCACGUUUCGUCUGGUAAAGAUUCAGCAGGACACACCACAAUUAGUAAAAUAGACAUUAGUAAAAUGGGUGCUAAAGAAAGAAUUAGAUAUUAAAUAUGGGAAGAAAUUAGGAAACAAAGAGAGAAGGAACAACAAUUAAUGACUUAUUAACUUUAAAGUGGAGCCUUUAAGAAGUCUGUUUAUUUUGAUUCUAAGUCUUUAAGCAGACCUUAGAUAUUUAAGCCUACAGACUCAAGAAAUUCACUUUUCUAGUCUAACCCUUCCUCUAUUUAUGAAGUUCCUCGCACUCCAAGAAGUAACAUGAGAUUAAUCUAACUCAAUCGUAUAGUAGAAAAGAAUAGUAAGUGGAAUCCAAAUAACAGUGGAUUUGGUGUAUUUGACCAUGAUAUAUACAAAGACAAUAGCUCUUUCACCAACAGAAGCAGUCUCCUUCCUUUAAACGCAUGA